GACAGAACUCCCGCAUGUGAAUGACAGUUGGAUAUCAUUGACGUUUGUCGCAAAAUGGAGAUCACGCACAAAAUCCCCCCAAAGGUAUGGACACCGCAAAAAGCCGGCAAGACUCCUCUCGACGAUUACCGCCGCCAUAUCAAUCAGCGAUUCAAUGCCAAUCUCCAGACGGCCAAAGAACUGCAGAAAUGGAGUGUCCAGAAUCAGCAAGACUUCUGGUUGGACUUGUAUCAGUGGCUUCAGUUGAAACCCGAAUUACCCAAGGAUAUGACCAAGGCCUACGAUGAAUCCGUGCCCAUGUCAUCCAACCCAACCUUCUUCCCGGGAUUGAAGAUCAACUAUGCCGAGAAUGCUCUUUUCGCAAACCCGGACCCCAAUGCCAUAGCCUUGGUCGGCAUACGAGAAGACACCGACUUGAGUAAGACGGACGGUGAGCUCCUCACGUGGCACGAGGUUCGGGAGAAAGUGCGUCUCACGGCUUCUGCUCUUCGACAAUGUGGCGUCAAAAAGGGCGAUCGCGUAGCGGCGCUUGUGGCCACCAGUAUCUGGGUGGUGGUCAUCUACCAUGCAGUAGCCAGUAUCGGCGCCAUUUUCACUUCCAUCAGCCCGGAUCUAGGCCUCGAAGGGUGUGUGUCACGGUUACAACAGGUCACUCCCAAAGUCAUCUUCGCCGAUGCCGACACGAUAUACAAAGGCAAGACCGUCUCCACCGCAUCCAAAGUCGAACAGAUAUAUAAGCGAUUGGACCCUCGGCCGCAGGUGUACAUCUGCCCCAUCUCCUCCAGGGACUCCAACUUCCCGUCUAUCGACGAGUUCCUUGCAAAAGCGCAUCCAAAGGACCCCCUCACGUUCGAGAGGGUACCAUUCAACUAUCCUCUCCUCAUCGUUUAUUCAUCCGGCACGACUGGCGCGCCAAAAUGCAUUGUCCACCAUCACGGCAUCAUGAUCCAGCUCAAGAAGAUUGCCGUCGUGCACAAUAGCACCACCCCCAAAGACGUUAUCCUGCAGUACUCCUCCACCUCGUGGGUCGUGUUCAACGUCAUGUGCGGCUACUUCGCGUGCGGCGCCAAAACCAUCGUCUACAACGGCUCGCCCAUGUAUCCCGACACGAAACAACUCUUGCGCAUGAUCGAAAAGUACCGCGUUACCUACUUCGGCUCCUCACCCCGCUAUCUUCUCGAAGUCGAAAUGUCAAAGUGCUGCCCGAAGAAGGAAUUCGAUCUCAACAGCUUACGAAUCGUCUACACCACCGGAGCCACCCUCUCCGCUGAGCAGUACAAAUGGUUCUACAACAACAUGCCCACCCACGUCCACUUGUGCAACACAGCCGGCGGCACCGACACCAUGACUUCUCUAGUAGCUGCUGAUCCCACCUCGCCCAUUCACGCGGGCGAAAUGCAAAUUCUAGGACUAGGAAUGGACGUGGACAUUGCCGAUCCCGAGACGGGAGAGAGUAUCAUGGAAGCCGGGCAAGCAGGCGAGAUGAUUGUGCGGAAAGCCUUUCCCAGCAUGCCGUGUUUCUUCUGGGGCGACAAGGGAAACAAAAAGUACCUUGAGAGCUACUUCGAGCGCUUCGACAAGAUCGACGUUUGGGCGCAGCACGACUGGCUAAGUCGCAACCCCAAAACCGGCGGCCUGAUCAUGCACGGACGCAGCGACGGCGUGCUCAACCCCUCCGGCAUCCGCUUCGGCUCCGGCGAAAUCUACGCCAUAGUCGAAGCCUCCCCCUUCAACUCCACCAUCUCCAACAGCCUGUGCGUCGGCCGCCGCAGACCACACGACAGCGACGAGCAAGUCUUCCUCUUCCUCGUCAUGGCCGCCAACCAAACGCUCACCCCCGAGCUGCGCAACAAAGUCAAGCAAGCCAUCAAAUCCGGGCUGAGCAGUCGGCACGUGCCCAAGUUCGUGAUUGCCGUGCCCGAUAUCCCGACGACGAUUAAUGGGAAGAAGGUCGAGACGCCGGUGAAGCAGAUGAUUAGUGGGAAGGAUGUCAAGGCUAGCGCGACGGUGCAGAACCCUGAGGCGUUGGAGUAUUUUAGGCGGUUCAGGGAGGUGGAGAGUGAGCCGAGAGAGGCGCGGUUGUAGAGGGGUAGAAGCAGGACGGGAGAUUGGAUGUGGCACAGAGGAGAAAGACAUAGACGUUGGGAAGGAAAUGUGUUUUGAUUCGCACAGACGCCGAAAAGGCCA